CAGAUAUUACAAAACCAUUUAUUAAUUGGCGUUUGGCUGUUAGUUGCCGGUCUUCAAGCUCAAUUGACUGUUAGCAGCUUUAGUAGUGUAACAGAUAAAAAUAAAGAGGAAAAAGGCAAAUCGCCGAGUAAAGUUCGCGAUGGAACUUCACGAAUUAACUUGAUGAAAGUUCAGCAGGGUUUUGGCGUUCUGUCAGUAGCUCUUGCUUCUCAUGCACUUUCCAUUAUGAGUGCAUUACUUGAAGAUGUUUCUGUAGAAGCUACUCAAGAAAAUCAACUUCCAGAAGAACCAGCUUCUUUGGAAAUUUUAGCAACUUCAACAGCACUUCAACGAGCUAUGACAUUUCUUCAGGAAGCACCACUUAAUCAUUUGCUAUUUUAUUUAGCAACGAUUAGUUAUCGAAAGGCUUGUACUUUGAAACGAGUACAAAAACAUCCUCAAGAAGGUGAUACAUUGAGCCAAUCAGAUUCUACGACUUAUUAUGAAGAUCUUCUGAGCUUUUCAGAAAGUUCAACUGAUGAAGAACAAACUGUUAUGUCGGUAGAGGAAGACAGUGAACCUAUCUUGGGACUAUGGUUUGAAGAAACUUUAUCUCCUUCUGAAGGAUCCCCAUCUAAUAUUACCAAAGAAACAACUAAUGAACUCGGUCCUGAGCGCACCACAGCUACGAUUGUUCCUGAUAAUCGUGAACCUCACGGAUAUAUUUCAUUAGCAACACAAAUAUUCCAAUUUAUGAAUCAACAUCUUAUUGGAAGCCGAAGUUCUUAUGUGCGAGAAUAUGUAGUCAAUGGAUUAAUCGAGCAACAGAUGGUGAUUCUGGCUGCAAUUAUUCGAGAUUUAGACCAUGAAACUGCUAGAACUGAAACAGGGACUAUUUCUGUAUUUUACGGUGCGACACUCGGUACUAUGUACACCGAAUUUUCUCAAGCUUUAAGCCGAUAUACUCACAAUUUACUGGCACGUAAUACAUUAAGCGAGGCAUUGCAAAAUACAUUACUUCAACACUUGGGAGUUAGUCCAUGGGCAUCGGAAAGUGGAUCAUCAGUUUCAUGGCCCUUGAAAGUUUAUCCUAGGACUCUUAGUGUCUUAGCUCAGAUUCUUUUACUAAAACCUCAGUCAGAAAAAGAAGCAGCUUGCAUCAGUAUUUGGCAGAGAUUAAUCACAACUUUAAUUGAAAAUGUUUGCAUUCCUCCAAUAACACUUGAACCAGAAAAUGAAGAUCUUAAUGUUGAACAUGCUCAAUUGGUUCUUUUUCUGUUCCAUUCACUUAAUUUAAUGCAAAAAAAAUCAGUUUUAUUAUUAACUGCAAGUGGAGUAAUACGGUGUAGUGAAGCUAUUAAAACUUCUAUGAAUGAUUCACAAAUACUUCAUCUAUCACGGCUUUUAUUACUACUUGAAUAUAUGAUGAGACAUUUAUAUGAUGCUCCUUCGAUGUUGCUCGAACAAGUCCAGUGGAACCUUCUUUCUGCUACAAGUUUAGUACCUGACACAAAAGAAGGAAGUAAACAAGCUGCAAGAGUUUACACUCCCUGGAAAGAAAUCGAAGAUAAUUAUCCAAAAAAUGGAUCACAAGAUGAAUUUACUAUGAAACCACGUUUUUAUAACUUAACUAACGCCGACUUUAAUAAUCAAGAUAUACCAAAGCUGGAUGGAUUAGCAUGCAAUUUUAUUUUAGGCACAACAGAUAAAAUUAAAUAUCCUUUACUUGUAGAAGCAUUAAUAGAUAUUCUUAAUGUCAUCAAUCAAACCAGUAUACCAAGAAAAUCCCAAACUGAUGGGAAAGAUAAAAUGUCUAUUACUGGUUUAUGUGGUACGCAGUAUUGCUUUUUCAUUUGUUGGAGACUUUUAUUGAUGUUGCCACCUUCAGCAACAUACAUGGAUAAAUUAGCUUUAGGCGAAGAGAUUCCUGCUGGUCCAAUGCUUCUGUAUUCUCUUAUUUGGGGUCCUCGAACUGCCCAUAAAACAUUUGCUUCAUGGAUGAAAGAUUGUCUUGUCAAACAAGGAAUGUUUACCCAAUAUGCUGAGAACCUUCUUAAAACAGUAUCAUCAACAGUUAACUCAUUGAAAUAUGAUAUAACAUUAGCAAAAAACUGCAUUAAGAUUUUUAAACCUGAAUUGAACCAUUCUGAUAAAAUAAUGCCACAAUCAUCUCUACCAAAGUUAAGUUCACUUACUAUUUUAGCUGCAAUAAUUGGCAAAUUACAAGUUCUUAUAGAUGAAAAUAUCUCUAAAACGCCAACAGAUAACAUCGAAACUAAUAAAAAUCCACAUAAUUCAGAAUCAAUAUCAUCAGUUACGAAUAAAAUGAUUGUUGAUGUACUUCCACAUGUAUUAUCAUUAACGGAAGUAAUUUUAUCUUCUUGUCGAUCUAGUGUUCUUCAUCAAAUGUAUGAAAUAACUGAGUCAGUUGGAAAAUGUAACCUACAAGAUUACUUAGUUUUAGAUAGCAUUAUUUGUGUAGCUAACGCAAAUUGGGCUACGGAUUUUUCUAUUAUCACACUAUUACCUCUUGGAAUUCGUUCUAUUUUAGAUAAAUGGAAAGCUUUGAAUGUAACAUGUAUACCAUGGAAUACUUAUGCAAAUGAUGUUAUUCCAGCAGAAAGUUAUAUCCUAACAAUUGUAAAUCAUCAUAUCAGUACAUUAUCAGAAUAUGGAAUCUUUUCAAUCAAUCCAUCACUGAAAAAUUUACUGUAUUCUUUAGUAGUUUUUCUUUAUGAAUACAUUACUCCCAUCAACGUACCAGAAAAUUCCGAAAUUUACAAUCAAACAAUUGAUAUUUUAAUAGCACUUAUUAUGGAUGCAAGAACUGAUUACUUACAAGAUAUGGCAUCAAAAAUUUUAACUAAAUUAUUGGGCCCUAUUGAAAGUGAGUCAAGAAAAUUAAAAGAGUAUCUUUUUGUUCUAAACCAUACAUACAAUGUUAUUAUUGAUUAUACAAAGCAUGAAGAAUCUAUUAACCUCUCUGUUGAUAGUAAAAUUUUGAAACAAUGCAUAAAAUAUUGGGAAAAAUUGUUGGAUAGUCCUAUUGGAUGCAAAGCUUUAGAUCAAUUUUUUACAUGUUGUCCCAAUCGAACACUAUUAUCUGUUCUAUUAUCAAUUUCUUCUCCUCAAGCAUCUCAACAAUUUAACUUUCAUGUUCUUCAUUUCUUUAAUAAAUUAUUUAAAACUGCAGAAACAAAUAAUGAUGAGUCAUUAGACCGCUUAUGUUGUUCGGUUUCAAAUCUUACCAAUGUUGAAAAUGAUGUUCUUCAGUCUUGGCUAAGGCAUAUAAUUUUAGGUGCUAAAAAUAAAUUACCAAUUAAUAUUAAAAGUUGUAAAAAUACAGGAACUGUUAGUGCUUCAGGAAAUAACAACGGAACAUCAAAAAAUGAUAACUUGAAUAACACAUCGGCAAAUGAGCAAGUAACUUGGCCAACUGUACUAUUAAACUCUGCUAACAGCAAUCAAGUAUCUAGUUUCAAUGAAGAUUAUCAACUUAUGCAAGAACAUAAUCAAUUACUUCAAUCUUUGACAAAUUAUAUUGUCAAAGCCAAUAGUACACUCAGUGAAAAUGUUUCAACUACUAUACUUGAAGCUUUGAUACCAUGGGGAUAUCAUCUUUUAUCUUCAUCUAUUGAAGGAGCAGGAUUUUCUGAAUUAAUGCAAGUAAUGAUAACAUUGGCAGAUACAGGAAAUGAUGAAGGACAUAUAUUACUUUUCAAAGCAGCAACUGAUUGGGUUGAGUUAUGUAAACAACGAUUAAUGAGUAACGAUCUACAAACACUGGAUAAACCUUUACCUUACAUUGAAGCAGGAUGGUGUGUUUUAAAUUAUAUCGCUGAUAUUGUUAAUGCAGUUUGUCCUGCGCAGUUAUUCAUGCAUGAUAGAGCUACAAGUCCACCUUGGGAAGGUGCAUCUCCUCUAAAUGACUUUAAUGACAAUGACUGGAUGGAUGAAUUGCCUCAUGAAGAUGAUGAUAGUGCUGCAGAAGAUUCUGAUGAAGAUAGUCUUUGUAAUAAACUAUGUACAUUUACAGUAACACAAAAAGAAUUCACAAAUCAACAUUGGUAUCAUUGCCAUACCUGUGCUAUGGUGGACGGGGCUGGAGUGUGUACAGUUUGUGCUCGAGUAUGUCAUAAAGGACAUGACGUAACUUAUGCCAAGUAUGGAAAUUUCUUCUGUGAUUGUGGUUCUAAAGACGAUGGAUCCUGUCAAGCUUUAACGAAAAGAAGUCCUCAAUGUUCAGAGCAUCAAGCAGGAAAUACUUCAACAUAUAAUAAUUCAAAUGGAAAUGAAAGUAAUACCCCAACAGCUAAUAGAUUGCGCAAACGAGCUACAAGCCCUAUUUCUUGUGAUGAAAAAAUAGAUCGUAAUGAAAAAGAUAAGAAAAAACAACUGAAAUUAAUUAAACAAUUAGAAAAUUCAAAAGAAUGGGUACUAUCCGAAUUAUGGUCUAGUGGAUUGAUAAUUUCAUUAGUAGAACUGACAAAAACAUUAUUACCAGUAGUAAAUAUUUCUUGUCAAAAAAAUUCUUCAGUUGGAUGUCACACUCGGGCUCAAAUUGCACUUAGACAACUUCACACGUUAGAAAAAAAAUUCGAACAUACUGACCAAUUGAUGUUAUCAACUUUAGGUUCUCAAGAAGGGGCAUUUGAAAAUGUAAGAAUGAACUAUUCAGGUGAUCAAGGACAAACGAUUAGACAACUUUUAUCAGCUCAUAUGAUAAGAAGAGUUGCCAUGUGCUGUUUAUCAUCUCUUCAUGGCAAACGACAACAUCUCGCGGUCUCACAUGAAAAAGGCAAGAUUACUGUAUUGCAAUUGAGUACCUUACUAAAACAAGCCGACUCAUCAAAACGUAAACUUACCUUAACUAGGUUAGCUUCUGCGCCUAUUCCAUUUACAGUUUUAACUAUCACCAGUAAUCCAUGGAAUGAAGACUUUUUAGCUGUCUGUGGUUUAAAAGAUUGUCAUGUUUUGACCUUCAAUAGCUCUGGAAUAGUAUCUGAUCAUUUGGUACUUCAUCCUCAACGUGAGCCUGGAAAUUUUAUUAUCAAAGCUAUAUGGCUACCUGGUUCUCAAACUCAAUUGUCAUUAGUUACUGCAGAUUUUGUUAAAAUUUAUGAUCUCAGUAAAGACGCGCUUAGUCCUCAAUAUUAUUUUCUUGUUCCUAUUGGUAAAAUUAGGGAUUGUACAUUUGUGCAUACGGAAGAUGGAGUUUUCUAUCUUCUUCUUAUGUCAUCUGCAGGUUAUAUUUAUAGUCAAGCAAUGACCGAAGAAAGUUCUGCUAAACACGGUCCAUUCUACGUUACUAAUACUUUAGAUAUUUAUCAUCCAGAAAUUAAAGAUUAUGGACAAGUUGGUGGUGGUGGAGUUUCCCUUUAUUAUUCUCAUGCACUUCAGUUACUGUUUUUCAGUUACACAUGCGGUAAAAGUUUUAUUGCACCGUUAAAGAACAUGGAGUCAGAUAUAACAACUGUAUUUCAAAUAAAUUUACAGAAUAAUAAAACAAAUGGUAAUAAGUCAAAUAAUAACCAACCACAACCUCUUUGUCAAUGGAGUGAAGUUGCUAACCAUCCGGGAUUAGUUUGCUCAGUAUUUCAAACUAGUAACAAUCCAGUAAUCUUAAUGAUUAAGCCUGAUGUGAUAAUGAUUCAAGAAAUAAAAGUCGUUCCUAAAGCAAAAAUAAUGGAUAUGGUAGCUAUAAGACAUCCAAGCUCUAAUGCUGAACAUAGAACAACUCUCAUACUUCUUUGUGAAGAUGGCAGCUUAAGAAUCUACAUGGCGGCGAUGGAACAAACUGGAUUUUGGAUGUCGUCAAAUGUUCAAUCUCUCGGCACAAUGUCUGGUAUAAAACAAAGUAGAAAAAAGAAAACAGCAAAAAUUGGUAAACCUUCAGGAGUAGUCUCAUUUCCGAUUGAUUAUUUCGAACAUUGCCAGUUGAUGAAUGAUAUUGAAUUUGGAGGAAAUGACUUACUACAAAUUUACAAUGUUGCUCAAAUAAAACAUCGAUUGAAUACUACUGGAAUGUAUGUAGUUUCUACAAAAGCUAUUGGUUUUAAUGUAGAUGUUAUUAAUAAUGACCCUACGUUAGUUAUCACCGGUAUAAGAGUUCAACUUGGAAGCCAAGACAUUCAACGAGCUCCUCUUUAUGUUGAGGUCUUUGGUAGAAGUAUUCGUACUUCUUUGACGCGAAGUCGUUGGUUCGAUAUACCAUUAACAAGAGAAGAAAGUCUUCAGGCUGAUAAAAAGCUGACUAUUACUUUUGGACUUUCUCAAGAUCCAGAUGUUAUUAUGGUUGAUUCAAUAAAAAUGUACGGUAAAACCAAAGAUGCUUUCGGUUGGCCUGAAGAAUCUGAUGAAACAACAACCGGACAAACACCAGCACCGACUGCGAGUUCAAUGAUUACCAAUGAAAAUGAAAAUGUAGUAGUUGCAAGUCCACUUACACCUCUUGAUAAAAUGAUUUUUAGUAUUCUGGAAGUCCUGGAACCGUCAUUUGCUUUAUUUGCAAAUGAUGAGAGCAAAUUAUGUCUUCGAAGUGCAGCAAUAGAUGUGGCUUCAUGCCUGUUAACAUUACCAGUUCCUCCACCAGUUCAAAUACGUACAACAGCACUUCUUGCAGCUUUACACAGUACAAAAUCAACGUAUCAUUCUCAUAAAGAUCAAGUUUUGCUCAUGCAUGUACUGGAAUCAUUAAAAGUAAUGCGAACGCUUAAUGAGACGUGGAUGGAUGCUGAAAAUUUUUACAGGCUUGUACUUAUUGUCCGAAGUAUUGCAAUUGCUCGCCCAUAUAAUCUAACUAAAUUUGCUGAGCAAAAUACAACAAAAUCUAUUGAUGAAAAUAGUUUACCUAUUUUUGAAAAUAACCGUAUAGCUUUUUAUAGUCAACGGUCUCGGGUAGAUAAUGAACAGCAUUUAGUUUUACAGUUAGUAGAUGUUUUUUGGAUGCUUCAUAUGGCUUAUCCAAAAAAUUUAGCUUUGGGCCCUGUUGUAGUUCCCGGUUUAACUCAUACUGAAGCCAUCACACAUGCUUUAAUUGAAAUUAUUCAUGCAUUUACAAUAUGUGAUACAGAGUGGAAUACAGGUAUUGCUGCAAAACUAUAUAUUCAAUUUCUGUUAUCAUCUGAUACUGCUGUUAGCUUUAGUGCCAAGCAAGCCAUUGCAAAAGCUUUAAAACCUCGAUUUAAACGAGGUAGAGUUUAUGUACCAAGCCCACCAUAUUGUGAUACACCGGGUGCGGCUGCAGACAUGGAUGAAAAAUCAGACAUUACUUCUACAUUACAAUCGCAAGGUACUAAAAAUCAUGGAAAUCAAUUUGAUGUCGAGACAGUUGAACCUGUGGCACUUCUUGAAGCGAACUCAAGUCAAGGUAGUGGAGCCCUAGCUCCAAGUUCUUUAGAAACGCUACUUGAAUCAAGAAGGUUACCGCAACUUCUUGAACUUCCAGCCGAUACUGAUGAUGAAGCUAUGGUAGAAUUAGCUAUUGCUUUAAGCUUACAAGACCAUGAAAGUAGUGCCGAUUUACAAACUCUCCAACAAAAUUUCCAACAAGGAUUAAUUAAUCUUCAAAGUAUCCGAAGUAUUCAAAAUUUAAGUAAUUCUGCUUUACAAAAUCUUCAAACUCGAGCUAUGCAAGGACUAAGUCACGUACGUGAAUCAACUUCAAGACAAGAUCAGAGUCAUUUUUCCAAUUCACUUACUUUCACUGGAGGAUCCGAUGAUGAAGGAUCAUCAGCAGCUGCGGAUAGUAUAACUUUGCGAACGUCUCUUGCUGAACAAGUGAGAAAUCUUGAUAGUAAAGAAAGUGAAAGUGGAAGUAGUGAAAGUGGCGGUAGUGCUAUGGACAGUAUAAUAUGUGAGCAAAAUACUUCAGAAAGAACUUUAGCAUAUGAUGAUAAUAAUCCAGAAACUAUUCCCCGCACAAGUGAGGAAUCAUUAACUCACGUAGAUGUAAACUCUUCGAAUAUUCCUGCUUCUUUGAAUAUCACUGCACAGAAUGAACAAGAACAAAAUACUGAUCCAGAAAUUGAAGUAACAAUUGAAGUUAUGGUUAAACUUCACACUGUGCGACUUUCAUUACUAGAAAAAUUAACUCAAUUUAUACCCCAGUUAACUAAUGUAUCUGGCGUUCUCUCUAUCCCUUUUAUGCAAGUAUUACUGGCUUUAACAUCAGAUUUGGAUGGUCAAGAAGAAAGUGAUCGUCGUAGUAUUGAAAAUUUAGUAAAUGUACUUGUGGAUGAAUUGAAUAUGCAAAAACCUGAUGUUACAGAUAUUCAUAAACGCAGCAGAAAACGAGAAGUUCAUUUAAUUAUAAUGCGUUUACUUAGUGUACUGAUGUCAAGAUCAAAAUGCAAUAAUAAAUCACUGGUUGAAAAUUCAAAUUUCAUUCCGCAACUCACAGCUAAAAUCCUCAAUAAAGCCGGGGUUAUUAAUUACUGUUUGAUAUUAUUGAAAGCUUUAUUGGAAUAUUGGAAGACAACUUCAACCGAAGACAGUGAGCCUGUUAUGGGUGGACAAUUAUUAAAAGAACAUUUAACAACAUCGCCACCUGACAUGUCUCCAUUUUUUUUACGGCAAUAUGUUAAAGGACAUGCUGUUGAUGUGUUUGAACCUUAUCCACAAUUAUUAACAGAAAUGGCUUUACGAUUGCCAUAUCAAGUUCAUAAGUACGGAGAAAAUAUUUCUGUACAUCCAUCGUUUGAUCAGCAGGCUUGGUAUUUCUAUUUGUGUGAAUAUAUGAUGCUUUAUCAAACUCCGUUUAUCAGACGUCAAGUGCGGAAACUCUUACAAUUUAUCUGCGGUAACAAAGAAAAAUAUAGACAAUUGCGUGAUUUACAUGCUCUUGUUUCUCAUAUGCAAAGUGUUCAACAACUUUGUAAUUCUGGAGGAUAUGAUCCUUUCCAAACACAUCUAAAUUCUAUUAACUUACCGUAUGAUUCUUUGGUUGAACUAAUGGAACACUUAAAGUGCUGCGUAGAGGUAGCAACAAGUCGAACAGGAAACUGGCAAAGAUUUUGUCUAAAACAAAAUACUAUACUUUCAUAUCUUUUUACAAUUUCGACCUUAAUCAAUGAAGGCGUAAGUCCUACUGUUCUUCAACUUCUUCAAUGUGCUAUUUGUUCUUUAACUAAAUUGAGAGAUAUGAAAAUAAAAGAAUCUAAAUUGGUGACAAAUUCGAAAGAACGCAGAGAUCGUGCUAAGUCUGAAGAUUCAGAUAUAGAAGCCAAGUUCGAAGAAUCUCAAUCCGUUAAUUUGGUAGAACAAAUUCAAAAACAAAUAUCGCCAACAUUACUUAUUAAAUUUAUCAAAACCUUUUUAUUAGAAACUAAUAAUACGAAUGUUCGGUGGCAAGCACAUUCAUUGAUUUUAGCUGUAUAUAAAAAUAGUGGACCAUCUCAACAAGAAGCUUUAUUAGACCUGUUUUGGAAUUUAUGGCCACUUCUUCCUGUUUAUGGCCGUAAAGCAGCACAAUUUGUUGAUCUUCUUGGUUAUUUUUCUUUAAAAACUCCUGAUGCAGAAAAAAAAAUGUAUUCUUACAUGGAACAAGCUAUUACAAUUCUUCAUACUCAAAAUCAAUUACUUUCUUGUCAUCCUAGUGCAAAUCUGUAUACGAUGCUCGCACAAUUUGUAGAAUUAGAUGGAUAUUAUCUGGAAAGUGAACCAUGUUUAGUAUGCAAUAAUCCUGAAGUACCGAUGGCUACAAUUAAACUUUCUUCACUUAAAGUCGAUUCUAAAUUUACUACAACAACACAAAUAGUCAAAUUAGUAUCUAGUCACACUAUUAGUCGAAUAAUUUUACGUAUUGGUGAUUUAAAAAGAGUAAAAAUGGUGAGAACUAUAAAUAUAUUUUAUAACAAUAAAUCUGUUCAAGCAGUUGUAGAGUUAAAAAAUAAACCAGCAAUGUGGUACAAAGCAAAAAAAAUAACACUUACACAAGGACAAACAGAAGUUAAAAUGGAAUUCCCAUUACCAAUUAUCGCAUGUAAUUUAAUGAUUGAAUACGCAGAUUUUUUCGAAAAUAUUCAAGCUUCUUCAGAGACUUUGCAAUGUCCAAGAUGUUCUGCUAGUGUUCCAGCUAAUCCUGGAGUUUGUGCUAAUUGUGGUGAAAAUGUAUUUCAAUGCCAUAAGUGUCGAGCUAUUAAUUAUGAUGAGAAAGAUCCAUUUCUAUGUCAUGCAUGCGGUUUUUGCAAAUAUGCUAAAUUUGAUUAUACUUUCACCGCUCGACCGUGUUGUGCUGUUGAUCCUAUAGAGAAUGACGAAGAUCGUAAAAGAACAGUAGCUACCAUUAAUACUUGGCUCGAAAAGGCUGAUCGAAUUUACAAAACUUUAACAUCUAACAAACCUACUUUAGAGAUGCUUUUAAUGAAAAUAGUGGAACAUAAAUUAGAUAGAAACAUUGAAGAAGGUAUUCAGGUAUCGAAUAACAUUCAAGUAAACCGAACAAUACAGCUACUAGCUCAACGAUAUUGUGGAGAUUGUAAAACUUCUUUUGAAGAAUUAAGCAAAAUCAUUCAACGAGUAAUUGCUUGGCGUCGAGAAUUAAUAACAUAUGACAGAAACCAAAGAGGAGCUCAGAGUUUCUGUAGUAAAUCAAAAGUAAAUAGUGUUAUUAAAGAAGAAAAUAAUGUCUCACAAACAGGAAGGUGCUAUGGAUGUGCAUCUGCUGCCACAGAACACUGUCUUACGCUUCUUCGUGCACUAGCUACUAACAACAUAGCUAAAGAAGUUCUCUGUAAAAAAGGUCUUGUUCGGGAACUAAUUGAUCAUAAUUUAUGUAAAGGAACAGUACAAACACAAGAAGAUGUACGGCAAUUACUCUGUUUAAUCACACGAGACAAUCUACAAUCAACAAAAGAACUUUGUUCUCUUUUAAAAAAUCGAGUGAAUAUGACUUUAAAAAAUCGAAUUACUACUUUAGAUUUAGUUAUGGAAAUCAGAUAUGAAAUGGCUCUUCUUGCUGCACUAUUACAAAAAGAAGAUUCUUGUUGGGAACAAAAAUUGCUCUGCGUAACUCAAUUAUUCCUUAUGGCUUGUAAAGAAUCUAAAAGUCCAAUUAUCAUGGAAAAUCUAAUUUUACCUUGCUUAAAAAUUUUACAAGAUCUUAUUAAACCUGAUCAACCUAUGUCGAAAAAAAAUAAAGAUAAAAUGAUAGAAUCUCUUGCAACUGUACAACUACCUGAAGGAAUAAAUAUUGACGUAACCAAGUGGCUUAGUAAUGCUUCAAGUCACAAUUUCAGCGAAUGGUUACAAAAAAUGCCCUCAAAAAAAUCAAAUAUUUCUUUAAAUAAACCUUUGAAAAAAGAUGAAGCUCGAAAUUUAUAUUUGAUUGAAAAAUAUGCACGUCGUUGGUAUUAUCAUUGUUUAAAUUUAAAAGAAAUUCAACCUCUUCGAUUAGUUAACAGUUCGUGGUUAAAGGAAGUUAUUUUUAAUCCCAGUUCAAGACUUGCUCGGCAAGUAGCUUGCAAUAUGAUUGAAAGUAUUUGCCAAGGUACAGAACGUAAGAAGAAAGUUUUAGUACUAUUAAUUAGUUAUCUUGAUGAACUAAAGUUUUCUGGUGAAAAUAGUGCCGAGUUUUUGUCAUUAUUCCAAAAUCUUAUUAAUCAAGCACCAUGGAAACAAUUUUUAGCUAUACGCGGGGUAAUGAUUAAAUUGGCUGAUUUAUUAAUGGACGAAAUAAAAGAACUACAUCGGUUAGAAGAAUCUACCUUAACAAGCGAUUUAACUCAAGGUUAUUCGUUAAAAAUGAUAACAGAAUUAUUAGCUUCAUUUUUAGAACAAGAAAAUAUUAAACAACAGUAUAAAGGUAGAUUAGUUGGCGCAGUUCUCAAUGGGUAUCUUUCUUUAAGACGUUUGGUUGUACAAAGAACUAGGCUUAUUGAUGAUACACAAGAAAAACUUUUGGAAUUGUUAGAAGAAAUGACUUCAGGAACAGAAGAAGAAACGAAAGCAUUCAUGUCUAUUUGCGUAGAAACUGUACAAAAAUAUAGUCUAGAAGACGUUACAACACCAGUAUUUGUUUUUGAAAGACUUUGCUCAAUAAUUUAUCCUGAAGAAAAUGAUAUUGGAGAAUUUUUCUUAACUUUAGAAAAAGAUCCACAACAAGAAGACUUUCUUCAAGGAAGAAUGCUUGGUAAUCCAUACAGUAGUUUAGAGCCCGGCCUUGGUCCAUUAAUGAGAGACGUGAAAAAUAAAAUAUGUCAAGAUUGUGAGCUUGUAGCUUUACUUGAAGAUGAUAAUGGAAUGGAGCUCCUUGUAAAUAAUAAAAUUAUAAGCUUAGAUCUUUUAGUUAAAGAGGUGUACAAAAAAAUCUGGGUUCAUGAGGGAGGUGAAUGUGAUGCUAUGAGAGUUGUUUACAGAAUGAGAGGUUUACUGGGUGAUGCAACUGAAGAAUUUGUUGAAACGUUAAAUGUUAGCUCUGAACAAGAAAUAAAUAACGAGGAAGUUUAUAAAAUGGCAAAUGUACUGGCAGAAUGUGGAGGACUUGAAGUAAUGCUAGCUCGUUUAGCUGCAAUUCAAGAUGUUAAUCGAGCUCGGCCACUUCUCCAAGUAUUGCUAAAAUUAUUCAGAUUGAGUGUUAAAGUUAAAAAAAAUCAAGAAGUUUUGAGUCGCUCUGAAUUAGGAGCAGUUACAAUAUUACUUGAAAUACUUCAAAAAUGUCUUGCUACUGAAUCUGAUAGCUCUCAAGCUAAAAUAACUGAACAAUUAUUAGAUAUUAUGGAAACAAUACUUACCAAUGCCACUUCACAAUCUUUAAAAUCUUUCAAAGAAUUUUCAAAAACUUUGGGUGGACCAGAACAUAUUGAAGCUCUUCUUUCUUGCACUCAAUCAUCAGCUGUUAGACAAAGUACUAAUGUUUUAAUUCAUCUUGCUCGAGUUCUCGCUACUCUAACAUACGGUAAUCAAGAUAAAAUGAAUAUUCUCUAUAAUUAUUUUAAGCCUGUGCUCAAUUUUUACGAAUUUGAUUAUGAGCAUACAGCUGAGGAUGAACAAAAGUUGGAAUUAUUCUGUGUAUUAACUCAGGGAAUUGAUCAAAAUGUAAUUGGUAACACUUUAAAAGAUUAUUUUAUUGAUAUGGGUAUUGUUAGAGAUGCAUUUGAAUAUAUAACAGUUUAUGCUCCAUGUGUAAAGCCUACACUUUUACGUACUGACAGUGAUGAGCUGAAAGAAUUUAUAUCAAAACCAGCUCUGAAAUACAUUCUACGAUUUUUAACUGGUUUGGCAACAGAUCAUCAACCAACUCAACUUACUGCAUCUCAAAUUACAAUAAAUAUAAUUCAUAGACUUGAACAAGUAUCAUCUGAUGAACAUGUUGGAUCAUUAGCUGAAAAUCUUCUCGAAGCGCUGUGCACAAACAAAAAAGUUGCUAAAUUAAUUGAAGAAGCUCGUCAAAAUACUCGUAGUGAAAAGAAACGUUUAGCGAUGGCAAUGCGAGAACGUCAGCUUGGCGCUCUUGGAAUGCGAACAAACGAUAAAGGACAAGUUACUGCUAGUGGAACACUUCUUCAACAAAUAGAAGACCUUGGAGAUGAGACUGGACUUGUGUGUGUAAUCUGUCGCGAAGGAUAUAAAUUUAAGCCAAGCAUGGUUUUAGGAAUAUAUACUUUUACUAAACGUUGCAAUAUUGAAGAAUUUGAAGUAAAACCAAGAAAGACUAUUGGAUACUCAACAGUGACACAUUUUAAUGUAGUUCAUGUUGAUUGUCAUAUGUCAGCAGUUCGUCUAGCACGAGCCAGAGAUGAAUGGGAGAGCGCAGCUUUACAAAAUGCAAAUACUAAAUGUAAUGGUCUUCUUCCACUUUGGGGACCAUUAGUUCCUGAAUCUGCAUUUGCUAGUUGUUUAGCUAGACAUAAUACGUAUUUGCAAGAAUGCACGGGUCACAGAGAUAUAUCUUAUUCAUCGACGGUUCAUGAUUUAAAACUUUUACUACUUCGAUUUGCUCAAGAAAAGAGUUUUCAUGAUGAUACAGGAGGUGGAGGGCCCCAGUCUAAUAUGCAUAUAAUACCUUACCUAAUACAUAUGGCUUUAUAUGUCAUGAAUACAACGCGAGCUAGUGUUAAAGAAGAACAACAAAUGAUGAACUACCUGAAAUCGCCUUCAUCAUCUGCAUGGCUAGAUCAAUGUUAUGAAGCUGAAGGACCUUUGUAUCAAAUAACUCUUUCACUCGUUGUACAUUCGCCUACUUUAUGGAAGGAAAAAAGAAUAAUACAUUUACAAAGACUUAUUAUACUUGCUCAUCAACGGCACAUUUCACCUUCCGGUCCAACAAAAACAAUUACUGACAUUACUGUGAAGGAGUAUUCUAUUUAUAAAAGUAUUUUCAUCUACUUUGGUCUCAUUGAUGCAAUUUACGCAAAUUUCUUUAAGGACGCAAAUUCAUCUGCUAAAAUUACAUCAUAUCAACAAUGGUCCACUACUCUAGCUGACUAUAUUCGAGAAAACGAUGAAAUUAUGAUAAAAGCUUCAGAACAUGUUUUAGCAAAAUAUCGAGAUGAAUUAUUACCCUGCAGUUCAUUUAACGAAUUUUGUGAUAUUGUUGAUUUACAUGGCGAUAUUCCGGAUUUACAAUCAUAUAUAACUGAUUGUUUAAAAAAGUUAGCUUGA